AUCUGACGGAGAAACAGGUGUAGCCCAGGGUACUUUAGAUGCAGCUAUAGAAUUUGUUAAAAAUAAUCCUGAUAGAAUUAUAAUUUCCGGAUUUUGUCGAUCUGACAGAAGAAAUGACGAUGGUUUAAUUCAUAAAAAAUAUUCGUUUUUAAAAACUGAAUGUGAUGAUAAUUAUUGCGCAAUAUGUGAUGAUAAAUAUUGUGCAAUAGAACAAAACAUUAAAAUUUCAGAAGCAACACUAAUUAUACUUUUAGAAAAUAACG